AGCUGAUCAACAACAUGGACGUCUGGUUCUUGCUCUGCUUCAUUCUGGCUUCUACGACUGAAGCGCAGUUCAUAUCAACACCAGAAACUCUGACUACUGCAAAUACUACUACUACUGUUCCCUCUACUGCUAAUACUGAAAAUAUUACUACUACUCCCUCUACUGCUAAUAUUACUACUACUCCCUCUACUGCUAAUUCUACUACUUCUCCCUCAACUGCUAAUACUACUACUGAUCCCUCUACUGCUAAUACAGAAAAUAUUACUACUAAUCCCUCGACUGCUAAUACUGAAAAUAUUACUACUAAUCCCUCUGCUGCUCCCACAACUACUAAUAUGAGUCCUAUUUCCAGUACUGCAUCCUCUGCUACUCCUUCAACUACUACUUUGAGUACUAGCUCCAGUACUGCAUCCUCUGCUACUCCCACAACUAAUAUUAUAAGUAUUAGCUCCAGUACUGCAUCCUCUGCUACUCCUUCAACUACUAAUAUGAGUACUAGCUCCAGUACUGCAUCCUCUGCUACUCCUUCAACAACUACUUUGAGUACUAGCUCCAGUACUGCAUCCUCUGCUACUCCUUCAACUACUACUAUGAGUACUAGCUCCAGUACUGUGUCCUCUGCUGCUCCCACAACUACUACUAUGAGUACUAGCUCCAGUACUGAAUCCUCGGCUACUCAUUCAACUACUACUUUGAGUACUAGCUCCAGUACUGCCACCUCUGCUACUCCUUCAACUACUACUAUGAGUACUAUUUACAGUACUGCAUCCUCUGCUACUCCUUCAACUACUACUAUGAGUACUAGCUCCAGUACUGUCUCCUCUGCUGCUCCCACAACUACUACUAUGAGUACUAUUUACAGUACUGAAUCCUCUGCUACUCCUUCAACUACUACUAUGAGUACUAGCUCCAGUACUGUGUCCUCUGCUGCUCCCACAACUACUACUAUGAGUACUAGCUCCAGUACUGAAUCCUCGGCUACUCAUUCAACUACUACUUUGAGUACUAGCUCCAGUACUGCAUCCUCUGCUAUUCCUUCAACUACUACUAUGAGUACUAUUUACAGUACUGCAUCCUCUGCUACUCCUUCAACUACUACUAUGAGUACUAGCUCCAGUGCUGUCUCCUCUGCUGCUCCCACAACUACUACUAUGAGUACUAUUUACAGUACUGCAUCCUCUGCUACGCCUUCAACUACUACUAUGAGUACUAGCUCCAGUACUGUCUCCUCUGCUGCUCCCACAACUACUACUAUGAGUACUAUUUACAGUACUGCAUCCUCUGCUACUCCUUCAACUACUACUAUGAGUACUAGCUCCAGUGCUGUCUCCUCUGCUGCUCCCACAACUACUACUAUGAGUACUAUUUACAGUACUGCAUCCUCUGCUGCUCCCACAACUUCUACUAUGAGUACUAGCUCCAGUACUGUGUCCUCUGCUGCUCCCCCACGUCCUCCUCCUGUGGAGUGUCUUAACGGAGGGCUGCUAUUGGACGGAGUUUGUCUCUGUGCUGAUGACUGGAGCGGAGACACGUGCUCUGAAGAAAAUUUCUGCAAAGCCGAGAACCUAAAUGGACUCAAUUUUCCUCGCACACCUGUCGGCUGGUUCUCGUACUCUGAGGAACUCUGUCUGCAAGGAUCCGGUGCUGGUAAACCUAGAGCUGCCACCAGAUGUUCCAACAACGGAUCACUGGUUUUCGAACCUCCUCAGUUUCUCCAGUGCAGCCUGACGCUCAGCGACAUUCUGCAAAAUAUCACCACUGUGCAAGAUUAUGACAUGUUGGCGACCAGCGCUCAAAUUCUGACGUCCAAUCCUGAAGAGCUGACGGCUGAAAACGUGACGACAGCCGCUGAGAUCACCAACAUGCUGCUGCUGUCUCCAAACAUCACAGAGAGUGCCAGGACAGCAGCAGUAGCCACAGUCAGUCAGCUGCUCAACGCCAGGGUCCUGGACGACACCGAGGAUAACACCGCCACUCUGAACCUGACGCAAACUCUGGAUGAGCUGUCUCUGAAACUCAGAUCUGACCCGAAGACGUUCGAGUCUCAGGUGGUUCAACCGAACCUGGUGGUGCAGUCGGCUCAAGUCAGUGCUGCCGACACUCAGGGAGUCCAGUUCACGUCGCUCAAAGGAACAUCUGGCAGUUUUGUACCUGACCGGAUUCAGCUGAACACCAACACGUCGACUGUUGUGGUGGAAAACGGGUUCGUAGCCGACGCCCUGAUCCACGUACAGUUCGCACCAGAAGCUGCAGACAGAAAUCCGGAGCAGUCCCGCGUCUCCCUGGGUUUCGUCCUCUACCAGAACAACGGGUUCUUCAGAUCGUCGCUCUACAAGGCGCGUCACUCUACCGUCAGGGUCCUGUCGGCCAGCGUCAGGGGGCAGAAUCACAGAGUGGUGCCGCAGCGUGUGGAGAUGAUGUUCAGACCAACGUUGAGGAGCGGGACGGCUCUGUACGAUUUCGCCUGCGUCUCGUGGAACUACACCCUGAACGACUGGAGCACCGCCGGCUGCUCCAAAGGAAACGCUUCAGAUGGAGCCAUGAGAUGCAUCUGUAACCACACCACCAACUUUGCCGCCCUCCAAUUGAUCAUAGAUGUUUUCGAGUACGCUGAGAAACUGGGUUUGACUCCAAUCCUUGGACUUUCACUUUCAAUCCUGGGUUUGGUUGUGACGAUCAUUUCUCUCAUUAAAGACAAAGAGUCUCUUCAGAGCAACAAGGAGGUGAAGAUCGCCCUGCUGAGCCUCUGUGGCAGCCUGCUCGGCUUCAUCAUCACCUUCCUCACCGGAUCCGUUCAGUCCGACAAAGCGGACGACGAGCUACCGGCCCUAAGAGAGCCCAACAACAUUCCACCCACCGACGAACACGUGGAACCUGAACGCAUCUCGUGUACCACGGUGGCGUUUCUGCUUCACUUCACCCUGCUGGCGACGUUCAUGUGGAUCAGCUUGUACGGUCACCUGAUGAUGAAGCUGACGUUUAAAAGCAAACUGCCUGAAUACUGGACCUACCUCAGCUUGGCUCUCGGAUGGGGACUCCCUGUCGUGGUCGGGGGGAUCACAAUGGCCAUCACCUAUACGACGGACAAUCCUCAGGGAUACAGACAAGAGGAAUUUUGUUGGCUCGCAGCUCUGGACAAGAACAAACACUUUGACUUUGGGAAACCGAUGUUCUGGGGAAUCAUCCUUCCAGGAACGUUGAUCAUCAUCUACAAUUUUGUCAUUUUGAUUCGCAUCUAUCUGGAGAGGGGCAGGAAACGUCCCGACCACACAAGCUCCAGUUGUCCCCUGGCAGCUCUGGUGGGUUUCUGUUGUGUCUUUGGAUACGUCGUCCUCAACACCACAGGACGCAAGAACAUGGUCUUCAGUGUUUUACUCUGCAUCAGUGGGAUCAUAAUGGGUUUUCUGUUUUUCAUCCUCUUCACGGUCAAGACGCCGUCCUUCACAUCCUCCGAGUCCUCGGUCCAGACGCCGACCUUCAGAUCCUCUGCCUCCCCGGUCAAGAGUCCGCAGGUCAACUUCCCACUCUCAGUUAAAAUGAGUUACAAUUUGAGGAGGCCCGUGGAGAAGACCAUCAGCACAGAGAGCUACAGAUCCCUGAGUGAGGACCCCUACGUCACCACAAGCCUGUAAGAGCUUUUCAAACAGUGGUGAAAGACGUGAGAACUGAGGUCCUCAUCUGCUCAAAGACACUGGACAUGUGAACACUGGCAUCAAACAAGGACGAAGAUCCAGAGAGAACCUCCAUCAAUCCAAGGCAGCUUAUUUUUUAAACAACUGAAGAAAUUAUUAAUAAUCAGUAAAAACCUUUAACGAAGCAUGAAAUGAACUAUUGCACAGCUGCUCAACACUGAAUUAACAGAAAUCCAGCCGGACACCAGGUGGCAGCAUUCAGACUAUUUUAAAUCUCAUGAUGAAUAACAAACUCAUUUUAUUUUUCAUUUUCUGAAAGUAAAAUAUAAACUGCAGCUUAAUUCUUUAUUGUGUUAUAGGACCUACAGUUAAAUCUAACUUCCAAACAACAAUGAUCUUGAUAAUAUUGAUUAAUAUGGUCUGAAUUCAAACACAAAGUCUGAAGUUAGAUUUUAUUAUGAAGGAACAUUUGUGUUGCUAUGUUUUUACAUCACAAUGUUUGUUUGUAUCUAAAGUAUAAACCCUCUGAGAAAACUUGUGAUUUGUGAAUAUGGGCUUUACGCAUAUUGAUGUGAUAUAUUUUAUACUGAUGAGGACCAGAUCUAAAAUGAUUUUAGUUCAUUACUAAGACUGACAGAUGGUCACUAUUUCCAAAAUUGUAAUCCGCUAAAACAAACCUUGUUAGAAACAUUUUUUUUAUGGUUUUUAAUGGUCUGAACUUCUCGAUUCGUCACUGUAGGUCUAACACCAUCUUUAGAUGUCGUAAUAGAUAAUGAAUGGGGAAGAAAAGGUGUUAAAUUCUCCAAACUCAACUUUUAAUUGACUAUAAAUUGAAUUUACCAGUGAAAAUUGGUCUAAAGGUCUCCAGUGAUAGGGUUUUAAAUAAAUUAAUUAAGUGAAUUGAAUUAGUGUUAAUUAUUCUAACAUUCAAUCUGAUUGAGGUUGGUUUGCAGCAGCUGAUUGUUGAGGAGUAAAUAAAAUUAUA